ACGAAACUGAAAGCGGGAAAGAAGGACCGCGGCUACUCCGGCAAGGAAACGAAACUGGACACGCCUGAGCCUACGGAAGCCCUGCGCUGCUGAGCCGGCAGUGCGGGGCCGCCUCUGCUCAUACUGCGGGCGACCAUGGACGUGUACAGCACCCCGGCCGCCGCGCUGGACAGGUUGGUGGCUCGCAGCCUACAGCCACCAGCGGAGUUCGUGGGGGCGGCGCGGCGCGCCCUGGGCGCCCUGGGCGCCACCCUACGAGAGCGCGGGGGGCGCCCCGGAGCCACCGGCCUGGAGCCGCGGGUGCUGAAAAUUAUCAAGGGAGGCUCCUCUGGCCGGGGCACGGCUCUGAGGGGCGGCUGUGAUUCUGAACUUGUCGUCUUCCUGAACUGCUUCAAGACUUAUGAGGACCAGGCCCCCCGCCGUGCAGAAAUCCUCAGUGAGAUGAGGGCACAGCUGGAAUCCUGGCGGAUGGACCCUAUCCCUGGCCUGAGCCUGGAGUUUCCUGAGCAGGACACGUCUGGGUUGCUGCAGUUCCGACUGGUGUUUGAGGACCUUGAAAACUGGAUGGACGUCCGCCUGGUGCCCGCUUUUGAUGCCCUGGGUCAGCUGAGCCCUGGUAUGAAACCCAAGCCCCAGGUCUAUUCUGCCCUCCUCAACAGUGGCUGCCGGGGGGGCGAGCAUGCCGCCUGCUUUGCAGAGCUGCAGAGGGACUUCGUGAACAUUCGCCCAGCCAAACUGAAGAACCUGAUCCUGCUGGUGAAGCACUGGUACCGCCAGGUGUGCCCACAAGAGGCGGGGAGGGGGAUGCUGCCCCCAGUUUACGCCCUGGAGCUGCUGACCAUCUUCGCCUGGGAGCAGGGCUGCCAGAAGGACGCCUUCAGCCUGUCCCAAGGCCUCCGAACCGUCCUGGGCCUGAUCCACCAGUACCAGCACCUGUGUAUUUUCUGGACCGUCAACUAUGGCUUUGAGGACCCUGCAGUUGGGCAGUUCUUACGGGGCCAGCUGAAAAGACCCAGACCCGUGAUCCUUGACCCGGCAGACCCAACGUGGGACGUAGGGAAUGGGGCAGCCUGGCGCUGGGACGUGCUGGCCCAAAAGGCAGGGUCCUGCUAUGACCACCCGUGCUUUCUUCAGGCACCUGGGAGGCCUGUGCAGCCCUGGGAAGGGCUGGGCCUUCCACGUGCUGGGUGCUCAGAUUUGGGCCACCCCAUCCAGAGAGACCCUGACCAGAGCAUCCCUGAGGACAGCAGGAGCAACAGUGCCGUGUGCCCCAGAGCAGGAAGCAAGAAACACUCGUACCCAGCUCCCAGCCCCUUGGGGACGAGCAGCAGCACCCCCUCUAUACCAGGGACAGUCUUGGAUCUGUCUCAGAUCCCCACCAAGGAGCUGGACCGCUUCAUCCAGGACCACCUGAAGCCGAGCCCUCAAUUCCAGGAGCAGGUGAACAGGGCCAUCGACAGCAUCUUGCGCUGCCUCCGUGAGAACUGUGUCCACAAGGCCUCGAGAGUCAGCAAGGGGGGCUCUUUUGGCCGGGGUACAGCCCUAAGGGGUGGCUGUGAUGUACAACUUGUCAUCUUCCUCAACUGCUUCAAGAACUACCAGGACCAGAGGGCCUACCAGGCAGAAAUCCUUGAUGACAUGUGGGCGCUGCUGGAAUCCUGGUCCCAGGACCCAGUCCCCAACUUGAGCCUCAAGUUUCCUGAACAGAAGGCGCGUGGGACUCUACAGUUCAGACUGAUUUCCACGGCCUUGGAAAGCUGGAUAGACGUUAGCCUGCUACCUGCCUUCGAUGCCGUAGGGCAGCACAGCUCUGGCACCAAACCCAAGCCCCAGGUCUACUCCACCCUCCUCAACAGCAGCUGCCAGGAGGGCGAGCACGCACCCUGCUUUACAGAGCUACGCAGGAACUUUGUGAACACUCGCCCAGCCAAGCUGAAGAACUUGAUCCUACUGGUGAAGCACUGGUACCACCAGGUUGCAGCCCAGGACAGAGGUGGACGGCCAGCCUGUGCUUCUCUGCCUUCAGCCUAUGCAAUGGAGCUCCUGACCAUCUUUGCCUGGGAGCAGGGCUGCAGGAAGGACAGUUUCAGCAUGGCCCAAGGCCUCCGAACUGUCCUGGGGCUCGUCCAGCAGCAUCAGCACCUCUGUGUCUACUGGACUGUCAACUACGACCUUGAAGACCCAGCUCUCAGAACGCACCUGCUUGGCCAGCUCCAGAAACCCAGACCCCUGGUGCUAGACCCCGCUGACCCCACCUGGAAUGUGGGCCAGGGCAGCUGGGAGCUGUUGGCCCAGGAAGCGGCAGCCCUGGAGAAACAAGCCGGUUUUGUGAAUGGAGACGGGACGUCUGUGCUGCCCUGGGACGUGAUGCCUGCCCUCCUUGACCAGACCCCAGCCAGGGACCUAGACAAGUUCAUCAGUGAGUUCCUCCAGCCCACCCGGCAGUUCCUGGAGCAGGUGAACAAGGCGGUCGAUACCAUCUGCUCCUUCCUGAGGGAGAACUGUUUCCGGAAUUCUCCCAUCAAAGUGCUCAAGGUGGUCAAGGGUGGCUCUUCAGCCAAAGGCACAGGUCUGCGAGGCCGCUCGGACGCCGACCUGGUGGUCUUUCUCAGCUGCUUCACACAGUUCACUGACCAGGGGAACAACCGGGCCGAGAUCAUCUCAGAGAUCCGAGCCCAGCUGGAGGCGUGCCAGCGGGAACAGCAGUUUAAGGUGAAGUUCGAAAUAUCCAAAUGGGAGAACCCCCGUGUGCUGAGCUUCUCCCUGACGUCCCUCACGACACUGGACCAGAGCGUGGACUUUGACGUGCUGCCAGCCUUUGAUGCCCUAGGCCAGCUGGGCUCUGGCGGCCGGCCCAGCCCUCAAGUCUACGUGGACCUCAUCCACAGCUACAACAAUGCAGGCGAGUACUCCACCUGCUUCACAGAGCUGCAGCGGGACUUCAUCAUCUCCCGCCCCACCAAGCUGAAGAGUCUAAUCCGACUGGUGAAGCACUGGUACCGGCAGUGUAACAAGAUGCCUAAGGGCAGAGGCUCCCUGCCCCCCCAGCACGGGCUGGAACUCCUGACAGUGUACGCCUGGGAGCAGGGCAGUCAGGAGCCUCAGUUCAACAUGGCUGAGGGCUUCCGCACCGUCCUGGAGCUGGUCAGCCAGUACCGCCAGCUCUGCAUCUACUGGACUGUCAACUACGAUGCUGAGGACAAGACCAUUGGAGACUUCCUGAAACGGCAGCUGCAGAAGCCCAGGCCCAUCAUCCUGGAUCCAGCUGACCCAACGGGCAACCUGGGCCACAAUGCCCGCUGGGACCUGUUGGCCAGUGAAGCUGCAACUUGUGUGUCUGCCCUGUGCUGCAUGGGCAAGGACGGCACCCCCGUCCAGCCCUGGCCAGUGAAGGCUGCUGUGUGAAGCCCAGGAAACCAGUGGUCAUACUGGAUGGACGGAUGGACACCAGCCCUCCAUGUGGGGAGACUGAGGAUUGCCUGCCAGAUGAGCCUCUGUGUGUGUGUGUGUGCGCGCGCAUACGCGUGCAUGCGUGUGGAGGUAUAUGUGCAUAUGUGUAUGUGUGUGCAUGCAUAAGUGUGCAUGGGUGGGUGUAGGCAUGGGUGUGCAUGUGGGUGUGUGUGGGCACAUGCGUGUGCAUAAGUGGGGUUGUGCAUGUGUGGGUGGGUGUGUGUUUCAGCAAAUCCUCUCUCCUCCCCAGUCCAGCCCUCCAGCUGACCUCCCUGCCUUCCAGCUCUCCCCUUUCAUGUAGCUGGAUUGACCUUCAUUAAAUACCACCAAGUAGCCAAUGGGCAGUCCCCAGCUUACACACACCCUUGCCUCCCACGGCCUGAACACUGGAGUCCAGACUACAUGGUUGAGUACCAGCCUGAGUUUUCAGCUUCUCCACCGCCCCCAUGACCCAACACCAUGUAUCCUCAGGCCAACCUCCACGCCCGCUAGGGAUGCAGGAGGGUGGGAAGAGCCUUCCCCUCACAACCAGCACUCUUGGAGGGAGAAGAGCAACAAAGAGCCGUUCUUCUGCCUACACCUGGAGCCUGUUCUCACCCCUCUUUGGCUCUAGCCUAUGAGACUGGGCUGAGGGGUCGGCAUGCAGGACCCUCUUAGAACCGGGGCUGUGUUUACAGCUCCCAUGCCUGUGCCCUCUGCUCUUGGUGCUGAACCAAUGCUGAGGGCACUGUGGGUGUGAUGAAGUCUUCUUAAACUCAUUUUGCUAACUGUUUGGCCAGAAGCUCUCAGGACACCCAAAUUACACCUCUAAGGUUGGUGCUGGCUGUUGACACACACGUUUCCAAGAACUUGGGACAGCAGAGACCUGACCUGCCAAGUCACCCAGCAGAGAGGGGCCUGGCUUGUGCAUCAUGAGCCUUGGUUCUCCUCCUGGGUGGACAAGGUGUCUGGUUCCAGCUCUCUGCCUUCCAACUCCAUUACGUGGACUCUGUUAUGGAUUGAAUUGUGUCUCCAGAAAAUGUGUGUCAACUUGACUAGGCCAUGAUUCCCAGUAUUGUGUGAUUGUCUGCCAUUUUGUCAUCUGACGUGAUUUUCCUAUGUGUUGUAAAUUCUACCUCUAUGAUGUUAAUGAGACAGGACUCAGUCUACAAGAUGAGGUUGUAUUUUGAGUCAAUCUCUUUGAGAUAUGAAAGAGAGAAGCAAGCAGAGAGACAGGGGACCUCAUUACUACCAAGCAAGAAGAGCCAGGAACACUGACCUGGGGUCCUGAGCUGAGAAGCUCUUAGACCAAGGAAAGAUUGAUGACAAGAACCUUCUGCCGGAACCAACAGAGAAAGCCUUCCCCUAGAGCUGGUGCCCUGAAUCUGGACUUCUAGCCUCCUAAAUUGUGAGAUAAUAAACUUCUGUUUGUUAAAGCGA